CAAAGAGCAGAUCAGCAAAAGGCACUCAACAGUUGCGUUCAAUUUGGCUCAGCCCCCCGACUAUCAUUACAAUAUUUCCCAGUAUCCGCCAAGAGCUACGAAUCGAAAUCCGAGUUUCAAACCGAACAAGUUUUCCCAGUGAAUGCGAAAAUUAAUCAUUUCGAAAAAAUUCAAGAUUCAAGUUGUGGCCCAAAGACUUCCGAAAACUAGUUGAAAAUUUGUCGAAAUUCAAAAUUGUUUGCAUUGCCCGCGCAAAAAAAAAACCCCAGCAAGUGACACACUUCAAAGAGUUACAAAUAAUUGUAAAAUAACGAACGGAAUAACCGCUGCAAAGAUAACCUUCAAAAAAGAAGACCAAUAAAUAAACUAAAAAUAACUUUACAAAACAAACUCAAAGUAGACACGGCACAAAAGUGAGGCAGAGACAAGACGAACGAGUGGAAGGAAGCAAAGUCUUACUCUAAUUGAAAUUCGAUCGAGUGGAACUACCCCGCCAAAACCACCCACCCACCCACACACGUGUGUGCAGUCAUCUGCCAUCUCCCUUACGCUCGUUACGGUCAACCAUGGAUGCGCCCAAGCAGAUGCAGGACUAUUGGCACAUUCCACGCGCCUCGCUGGCCUCCUCCAGCAGCUCGGCCAUCAGUUCGGCCAGCUCCUCAAAGUCAUCAAACAAAUCGAAUUCCAGUCCCCCCACACUGGCGCAGCGCAGCCACCAACAGCAACAGCAGCAGAACAGCGGCAGCAGUAGCAGCGGGAAGCCAACAAGUGCGACAAGUGCUGCCGUAACUGCUGCGGCGGCGGCAGCAGUGCUGGCAGCAGCCAAACGUGGAUCGCGCAGCUCUCAGGGCUCCAGUGACAGCAACAACAGCACGCGGAGCGCUGCUUCCGGCUCCCUGCUGCUAACGGCAGCGAAUCUGGAGCGCUUCGCGGAGAUCCACAAGAAGCAGGAGCGCCACAACAAGAUGCUGAUGAGCAGCAGCACAUCGCCCAACUCCUCAUCGGCCAACUACAAUGCGAAUCUGGCUUUGGCCAGCAACGGCAACAGUUCGGGCAAGGAUGCAGUGAUUGCCAUUGAUGGCCAUGAUGGAGCAGAAGCUGACCCAAAUUUGCAUUAUAUCAAAACCAAAGACCUCGACACCGUGUCCAUUGCCAGCUCCAUGCACUUUACAAUGGUCAACGGCGACAAUGGACCCCCAAAGAAGCCCAAGCGUGGACUCUGCGAUCGUGGACGGCAGGUCACAGUGCUGAUUGUCAGCAUGAGCACAAUCUUUAUGCUGCUCAUCAUGGGCAUGGUCUAUGCGCUAGAGAUGCGUGCCCGAGAUAUGCCCAAGAGCUAAUGGGGUGUGGGUUCUGUCUUUCCACGAGAGUAAUCCAACUCCUCCACUUGCUAGCAAAUUAGUUUAUUAUUAUUUAUUGUCUUGUAUUCUGCUAUGUUUUGAGCCAAGCCCCCAAUUAUUAUUGUUAUUGUGUCGCCUUUGAGCUAGUUGUGUAAGCUAUUUAUUAAACAAUUGUUUGGAGAGUCAGUUGAAGCUCGGGAAAUCGUAUCGGAAAAUCGUUGCGCCCACGGACACACACACGCACACGCACACGAUGCUAGUAUUAAGACAGAGAAAUAUGCAACAAAAUGGAAGCAUGGGUUGUAUUUUCUGGUUAACAAUUAAGUUAUUUAUCCCUGUGAUAUGUUUAAUAAAAUGAAUUUUCUAUUUGUAAA